AGCAAAAUAAAAAGUUAACUUUAAUUAAUGGAUGUUGUAGUUCAAUUAUUUCAAAAGCAUGUUUCGCCAGAAAAACUCCAAGAAUAUCGUUUGGCAUGGACAAGUAUAACCAACACGAUAGUAGUUUCACUUAUCAAAUCAACUUCAGAUAUUAAAAGUUCAGAAUUAAAUAGCAUUAUUUCUGCAAUAAACCAAUCAUCUUUCUCUAAAAUUAAAACCAAUCAUUCAAAAAACGUCACAACUUUACAUGAAACAAACUUGCCAACGGUAACAUUGAAUGUUUCAAGCCAAGGUUUAGAUAAAUCUAUUAGUAAUGUAGAAGGUAAAAUAAUUAUAGAAACUGCUUUAAAUAAUUCACCUAUCUCAAGCAAAGCAUUACCUGAAAUUGAGAAAGUUACAAAGUUGCAAGAAACCAAAUUGUCAACUGUUGCUUCUGCGUAUGUAAAUGCUUCAACCCAAGAUUUAAACGAACCAUUUUUAAGCAAUGAAGUUGAAGUAUUAGCUAGUGGUAGUAAUGUCGAAGGUGAAAUUAUUUCUGCAAUAAACCAAUCAUUUUUCUCUAAAAUUAAAACUAAUCAUUCAAAAAACGUCACAACUUUACAUGAAACAAACUUGCCAACGGUAACAUCGAAUGUUUCAAGCCAAGGUUUAGAUAAAUCUAUUAGUAAUGUAGAAGGUAAAAUAAUUAUAGAAACUGCUUUAAAUGAUUCACCUAUCUUAAGCAAAGCAUUACCUGAAAUCAAAAAACUUACAAAGUUGCAAGAAACCAAAUUGUCAACUGUUGCUUCUGCGUAUGUGAAUGCUUCAACCCAAGAUUUAAACGAACCAUUUUUAAGCAAUGAAGUUGAAAUAUUAGCUAGUGGUAGUAAUGUUGAAGGUGCCAACUUGGCACGACUGUUUUUUCAAGACAAUCAAAAUGAAAUAGAGUUGGACAUAAUGUAUCAGGUUGCACAAAUUAAUAGAAUGUGUUUAGAGCAGUGCGAAAAGAGUAAUCCUAUGUUUGUUCAUAUUUUGUUGGAAAUGGACUCCGACGUAAUCAAUGAAUGUGAAGGAACAUGUGGAGAAAAAUUUCAUAAAUUUUUUAUCUGCAAUAAUGAGAAUUCUAAACAAUAUUUUAGCAGCAAUGUUCUAAAGUCUGACGCAAAAGAUUCCUUUGAUAAGUUUCCUUAUUUGUUAAAACACCUUGGAGGUUAUACACCUUGCACAGAUCAUCCCGACUGGAAAUCAAAAGACGCCGCCGGUACUUUAAAUAUAAUAUUUUCAAAUGACCGCGAAUUCAAAGGCGAACGUGAAAGCAAUCCUCAAGAAACUGCGAAACAUGUUAUUAAUAAAGUAGUUAAUAAUUCUGUAGAGUUUGAGCAAAAAGCCAAAAGUAUGUUACAAACGCUAAUACAGGUUCAACACAGUUUUUUAGAAUCAAGAUUGUAUGGAAAGACGAAAGUUGAACAAAUAAAUUUAGCAAUUGAAUAUUUAAACCAAUGUUUAUGUUUAACAGAUACUUUGUGUGAUCAUCGCCAAGAAACUAUAGGUUAUACUUUAAGGCAAUGUAUGGGAUUUAAAACAAACGAAGUGAUUGAGAGUAUGCGAACUAAUAUAAGUCAAAACUUUGAAAAUCAUUUAUCAAAGUUAAAUAAACAUUUAAAUUACCCAAAUUUAGAUGAAGCUGAACAGGCAUUGCUUGAUUUUGAAACUAAUGUAAAAAGCCAACAAUAUAUCAUCUGCUUAAAUACAUUCUUAGAGCAGGAGUUACUUUUUAUGAACAUUGUAAGUUUUGCCCAGAAAGAAGCAGAAGAUCCUAAAUACAACAAUAACGAGUUGUUAAAUUUUUCAGAAAAAAAUGUAUCAAAAAUCUCUAUUGACUUUGUUUUUUGUUUAAAAUGUAAUUUCUGGCCGGAAGUUGCAGCAGAGUGGCCAAAAAGAGAAAGACUCUGGCCGGAGCAAGCAACCAUCAAAAAUAUUGUUGCAAAUGGGAUACACGUUGUUUGCAAAGAACUUCAACAUAGUGCUAUUGACUGGCGACUGUCGUUUUCAGUUGCCGAGAUAGAAAUUGCUAAGCUAUGGACAACCUGGCAACACUACAUUUAUUUUAUUUUUAAAAGUCUGUUUUACAAAUAUUUAAAACCUUUGUCGAACAAAGGUAUCAAAGUUAUAACGUCAUAUUUGGUUAAAACUGUUAUGCUAAACGUUAGUGAAAACUUUGAUCAGUCGUGGUGGCGUGAGGAAAAUGCUGGCGAGUGUCUGAACGUAUUACUAAUGACAUUAAUUUCUGCUUUCGAAAGUAGAAUAUUACCGCACCAUUUUGUACCUUCAUUUAAUUUACUUAAAGGGGUGUCAAGUGAUGGAGAGGCGGAGCAAGUUUUAGAUGCUAAGGAAUUAUAUUCCCGCUGCUAAGGAAUUAUAUUCCCUGCUUUUAAAACCAGAGGAGGUAGCCUCAAACUUAUCGGUAACUUUAGAGAGCAUAGUGGAAUUUAUAAAGGUUUUAGAAACGCAAACAGCAUUGAAAACUCGAAUUAACGAUGAGUUAUUGCCAUUUAUUAAACAAUCCUGUUUUUUUUAAAUUGAAUUGAAAAUUUGAUAUUUAUGCAAAAACUGGUUCGAAGAUUUUCUUCGUAUUUUAAAACUUUUAUAAGAGUUUGUUUUUUCGAUUUUUAUCCGUAUUUAUUUCUAACUUACAUUUAUUAAGACUUUGAAUAUAUUGUGUUACAUUUAUUAAGACUUUGAAUAUAUUAUGUCAUAACUUACAUUUAUUAAGACCUUGAAUAAUGUUAUAAGAUAAUUUAAAGUCAUAGGAACGAAGACCAAAAACAAAUAUUUAUUUUGCAAAGUAACAAUUUUAAACAUCAAAGUUUAUCUCUUAUAGUAAAAAUAAAAGUGUUAAACUUUUGAAAUUAAAACAAAAAGGAGUAGGGGAGAACUUGCCUUGAUCCGUAUGCAUCUUUGAUCCUAUAGCGUUAUCUCCAUACUUACAUAACUUAUUAAAGAGGGCUGAUAACAAGUGUGUUAUAAAUAUUGUAUCUUCAAAAUUAAUUGUGUUUUGGUUAGAGAAUAGACCACUAUUAAAUUUA